UUUUGUAUAUAUAGAACAUGCCCAAGUUUGGUGGGACACUUCUGGUUUUUGAUACCUGUCAAGUUAUAGAACUUCUUUGAGGAUGUUGAGGUUAAUUUCAUUAAGCAUUAUUUUCUUUCUCUGUCUUGCUUUUAUCAACCAUCAUGGUGCUGAAGCAUGGAGCAAAGAGGGACAUAUGAUGACAUGUCGAAUCGCGCAGGGCUUGUUGAAUGAUGAGGCAGCUCAUGCAGUCAAGAUGCUGUUGCCGGAAUAUGUUAACGGCGACUUAUCGGCCCUCUGUGUGUGGCCAGAUCAAGUCCGGCACUGGUAUAAGUAUAAAUGGACAAGCCCUCUACACUUCAUUGAUACACCAGAUAAAGCUUGCAACUUUGAUUAUGAAAGGGACUGUCAUGAUCAACAUGGAGUGAAGGAUAUGUGUGUUGCUGGUGCAAUUCAGAACUUUACUACUCAACUCUCUCAUUACAGAGAGGGAACUUCCGAUCGUCGAUAUAAUAUGACAGAGGCCUUGCUGUUCUUGUCACAUUUCAUGGGAGAUAUCCAUCAACCAAUGCAUGUUGGCUUUACAAGUGAUGCUGGAGGAAAUAGUAUUGAUUUACGCUGGUUUAAGCAUAAAUCAAACUUGCACCAUGUGUGGGAUAGGGAGAUAAUUCUAACAGCUGCAAAAGACUACUAUGCAAAGGAUGUAAAUCUCCUUGAAGAAGACAUUGAAGGAAACUUCACUGACGGAAUUUGGUCUGAUGAUCUUGCUUCUUGGAGAGAAUGUGGCAAUGUCUUUUCUUGUGUAAACAAGUUUGCAACGGAAAGUAUAAAUAUAGCAUGUAAAUGGGGAUACAAAGGUGUUGAAGCUGGUGAAACUUUAUCAGAUGAUUAUUUCAAUUCAAGACUUCCAAUAGUAAUGAAACGAGUAGCACAAGGUGGAAUACGAUUAGCCAUGCUUUUAAACAACGUUUUUGGAGUUUCUCAACAAGAAGAUUCAGUUGCUGCAACUUAAUUACCAAAUAAUUUUAAUAAAAUAGUAAUGAAAAACCAUAUAUUAGUUCAUGUUUGACCAAAAUAAAAUAAAAUACUAAAUUAGAUGACACAUCUUUGUGGUCUGAUUUAACCUGUCUUACAAUUCGUUGUUGUAUUUAAAUUCCUGUAAAUUGUAAUUACCCACAGAUAUGUUACUAAAAGUGUAAUUACAUGUACUUAGCUCGUCUUAUCUUUAAAUACAAAAUGGUAAUUUAUAUAUUUGACUA